ACAAAUGUAUGGCGGCUGCCGGGAUAUAGAAAGUAUGAGCUAAAAGGGUCAUAAUUUAUGAUUUGUUUGGAAACGAGCGCCUUUUAUACUGCUAACAAUAAAACAUCACUAUUUAAAAACGGAAAGCGUGACCAAAUAGACCACUGCAGGUAACAUACUGAAAUAGUUUUACACAACUGCUGGAGAAGGAUAUUAUCACAAGUGCUAAGAGUUUUGGGACCUUUCUUUAAUUACUGUAGGAUUUCUGUUUGCUUUAAUUUUGACGUACUAACAUGGAUAGUAGCCAUGAAGAGGAAAAAGAAACCUUGGAUAACAGCAGUGAAGAGUCAAGCCAGUCUGAUGAUGAAGAGUCUGGGUCUGGAUCCGCAACUAGUUCAAGCUCUGGAAGCAGCAGUCAGUCCGACAGCAGUGACUCCAACAGUGAUUCUAACUCUGGCAGUCAGUCAGAAUCUGAAUCUGACACUUUGAUAAACAAAAAAACAGCUGAAGAUUCUGUGAAAAUGGACAGCACUGAGUUUUGGAAAUCCAAUCCCAGCAUUUUGACUGUGCAGAGAUCUGCUGUACUUCGGAAAUCUCAAGCAGCACCAUCACCUCAACCCCAGGAACAACAAGAUGCCUUAUCUAACAGUGCAUCACCGGAAGCGUCCAGCAGUGAAGAUUCUGAUGAUGAUUCAUCAAGUGACCACAAAAGGAAGAAAAAACAUCAGGAUGAAGAUUGGCAAAUGUCUAGAUCUGGUUCAGGUUCAAAUUCUGACUCUGAGUCUAGUUCUACUUCUGAUUCUGGAAGUGAUGAGGAUCAGGAAAACAGUGAGGAAUGCAGUGAGUCUGAUUAUGAGCCAAACCACAACCUCAAAAGCUCUUCAAACAGGAUUAAGGGAAAGAGCAGCAAGAAGGGUCAGAAAAAGGAAUGCGCUUCAUCUUCAUCGGAGGAGGAGGAUGAUGAUGAUUAUGAUAAAAAGGGAGCUCGUCGGCAGGCAACGGUGAAUGUUAGUUAUAAAGAAGAUGAAGAAAUGAAGACUGAUUCUGAUGACUUGCUGGAAGUCUGUGGUGAGGAUGUUCCGCAGCCUGAGGAAGAUGAAUUUGAAACUUUAGAGAGAGUCAUGGAUAGUCGAAUUGGAAGAAAAGGAGCUACUGGUGCUACCACCACCAUCUAUGCAGUUGAGACAGACGGUGAUCCUAAUGCUGACUUUGAUCCUUCUAAAGAGCCCAAAGAAAUCCAGUAUCUGAUUAAAUGGAAAGGCUGGUCACACAUUCAUAACACAUGGGAGACAGAAGAGUCUUUAAAACAGCAAAAUGUAAGGGGAAUGAAAAAACUGGACAACUUCACAAAGAAGGAGCAGGAGAAAAAACGUUGGUUAAAAGCAGCAUCUCCAGAAGAUGUGGAAUAUUACAACUGCCAACAAGAGCUUACAGAUGAUCUGCAUAAGCAGUAUCAAAUUGUGGAAAGAAUCAUUGCUCAUUCAAAUCAGAAGUCAGCAGCAGGUUAUCCUGAUUAUUUUUGCAAGUGGCAAGGUUUGCCUUACUCUGAGUGCAGCUGGGAGGAUGGUGCUCUUAUUGCCAGAAAGUUUCAAGCCAGAAUAGAUGAAUACCUUAGUAGAAAUCAGUCUAAGACCAUUCCUUCUAGAGACUGUAAGGUAUUAAAACAAAGGCCAAGAUUUGUAGCAUUGAAGACACAACCAGGAUAUAUUGGAAGUGAAGGCUUGGAACUUCGAGAUUAUCAGCUGAAUGGAUUGAACUGGCUAGCACACUCAUGGUGCAAAGGAAACAGCUGUAUCCUUGCAGAUGAGAUGGGCCUUGGAAAAACAAUUCAGACUAUCUCUUUUCUCAGCUAUCUCUUUCAUGAGCAUCAACUCUUUGGGCCCUUUUUACUGGUUGUGCCCCUUUCUACCAUCACUUCCUGGCAAAGAGAGAUUCAGACUUGGGCGCCUCAAAUGAAUUAUGUGGUUUAUUUGGGUGAUAUCAACAGUAGAAAUGUGAUUAAAACUCAUGAGUGGAUGCAUCCUCAGACUAAGCGGCAGAAGGUCAACAUUUUAUUGACUACUUAUGAAAUUCUCCUUAAGGAUAAGGCUUUCCUUGGUGGUAUCAAUUGGGCUUUUAUUGCUGUGGAUGAAGCUCAUCGUUUAAAGAAUGAUGACUCUCUUCUUUAUAAAUCACUUAUGGAGUUCAGAUCAAAUCACCGUCUGCUUAUAACUGGAACACCUCUGCAAAAUUCCCUUAAAGAACUUUGGUCUCUCCUUCAUUUUAUUAUGCCUGAAAAGUUUUCAUCUUGGGAAGAUUUUGAAGAAGAACAUGGCAAGGGGAGAGAAUCAGGUUAUGCUAGUCUUCAUAAAGAGCUUGAGCCAUUUCUUCUACGGAGAGUGAAGAAGGAUGUUGAAAAAUCUCUGCCUGCAAAAGUAGAGCAGAUAUUGCGAGUUGAGAUGAGUGCGUUGCAAAAACAGUAUUACAACAUUUGAUCCGUAGCAGUGGAAAGCUGAUUCUCUUGGAUAAGCUACUAGUGCGUCUUCGUGAACGAGGCAGUAGAGUGCUCAUUUUUUCUCAGAUGGUACGGAUGUUGGAUAUCCUGGCAGAUUAUUUAAAAUACCGGCAGUUCGCAUUUCAGAGACUAGAUGGAUCAAUUAAAGGAGAAAUACGGAAACAAGCGCUUGACCAUUUUAAUGCCGAAGGAUCAGAGGACUUCUGCUUUCUGCUGUCUACAAGAGCUGGAGGGCUGGGUAUAAAUCUGGCAUCUGCUGAUACAGUUGUCAUCUUUGAUUCAGAUUGGAACCCUCAAAAUGAUUUGCAAGCACAAGCUAGAGCCCAUAGGAUUGGACAGAAGAAGCAGGUGAACAUCUACAGAUUGGUUACAAAAGGAUCAGUAGAAGAAGAUAUUAUAGAACGAGCCAAGAAGAAGAUGGUGUUGGAUCACCUUGUUAUCCAGAGAAUGGAUACAACUGGAAAGACUGUCUUGCACACAGGCAGUGCUCCUUCAAGUUCUACACCUUUCAACAAAGAGGAGCUGGCCUCUAUCCUUAAAUUUGGUGCAGAAGAACUUUUUAAAGAGCAAGAAGGCGAGGAGCAGGAGCCCCAGGAAAUGGACAUAGAUGAAAUAUUGCGAAGAGCAGAAACACGUGAAAAUGAAGGUGGUCCAUUGUCUGUGGGUGAUGAGCUCCUUUCCCAAUUUAAGGUUGCCAACUUUUCUACUAUGGAUGAUGAUGACAUUGAGCUGGAGUCAGAGAAGAAUAAAAAGAACUGGGAAGAAAUCAUUCCAGAAGACCAGAGGAGACGACUUGAAGAGGAAGAAAGGGAGAAAGAGCUUCAGGAAAUCUAUAUGCUUCCUCGAAUGAGGACUUGCGCCAAACAGGCCAACUUUAAUGGAAAUGAAGGAAGGCGGAGUAGGAAUAGAAGGUAUUCUGGUUCUGACAGUGAUUCUCUUUCUGGGAGAAAACAUCCUAAGAAACGAGGUAGACCACGAACAAUCCCUCGUGAAAAUAUUAAAGGGUUUAGUGAUGCUGAAAUAAGAAGGUUCAUCAAGAGUUACAAGAAAUUUGGUGGCCCUUUGGAAAGGUUAGAUGCAAUUGCAAGAGAUGCUGAGUUGGUCGAUAAAUCAGAAAUGGAUCUUCGACGACUUGGCGAACUAGUGCAUAAUGGUUGCAUUAAGACUUUGAGAGAGAGUUCCUGUGGUACAGAGAAAACUGGAGGUAGACGUGGAAAGGUUAAGGGACCAACGUUCCGCAUCUCAGGAGUGCAGGUUAAUGCCAAGUUAGUGAUCUCUCAUGAAGAAGAGUUGGCCCCAUUGCACAGAUCCAUUCCAGCAGAUCCAGAGGAAAGAAAGAGGUAUACAAUGCCAUGCCACACCAAGGCUGCCCAUUUUGAUAUGGAAUGGAGCAGAGAGGAUGAUUCAAAUCUCUUAAUUGGCAUCUACGAGUAUGGAUAUGGGAGUUGGGAAAUGAUUAAAAUGGAUCCUGAUCUUAACUUAACACAAAAGAUUUUACCAGAUGAUCCAGAUAAGAAGCCUCAGGCAAAACAGUUGCAAACAAGAGCAGACUACCUCAUUAAACUUCUUAAUAAAGACUUGUUGAGACGGGAAGCACAAAGGUAUUCUGGGGGAAAUUCUAGGCGAAGAAGACCAAGAACAAAGAAGAGUAAGGUAAUGAAACAGAUAAAGGUGGAAGACGUAAAAAGUGAAUCCUCCCCACUGCCUUCAGACAAAUCUUCCAGUGAAGAUGAGGAAGAAAUUAAGGAAGAGAUCAGCCCAUUAAAACCGCAAAAUAAGAAGAAAACAGAGAAAGAAAAUGAUGUGCUGUCUGAGCCAGAAAUUUCUGUCAAAAAUGAGGCAGAGGAAAGGGAACCGAAUGAGAAAGAGAACAGAAGGGAAAUUAAAAAAGAAAAGGAAGAUAAGAAAGAUGUGAAGGAAAAAGAAGUUAAAAAGGAAUCAAAGGAGAAAAAAGAGCUAAAAGUAAAAGAACCAGUGCUAAAAGAAGUAAAGGAAGAAAAGGGAUGUGAAGCUAAAGAUGAUAUAAAAGAUAAACCUAAGAAGAAUUUAGCAGAUACACCCCUUCACAUUACUGCAAGCAGUGAGCCAGUCCCCAUCUCUGAGGAAACUGAGGAGCUUGACCAGAAGACGUUCAGUGUUUGUAAAGAAAGAAUGCGACCAGUCAAAGCUGCUCUGAAACAGCUGGACAGACCAGAGAAAGGUCUGUCUGAGAGAGAGCAGCUGGAACAUACAAGACAGUGUCUGAUAAAGAUUGGGGAUCACAUCACAGAGUGUCUGAAAGAGUACUCAAACCCUGAACAUAUCAAGCAGUGGAGAAAGAACUUGUGGAUCUUUGUAUCAAAAUUCACGGAAUUUGAUGCCAGAAAACUUCACAAGCUGUAUAAGCAUGCAAUUAAGAAACGGCAAGAAAACUCUCAGCUUCACGGUGAGCAGAAUUGUACCACCAGUACAAAGUUGCACAGUGCCAAACAUCCAGAAGUAGAAAGGUUGAAGGAGAAUUCUCACCAUGAUGACAGCAGCAGCAGGGAUAGUUAUUCUUCUGAGAGGAAUCACUCAUUCCACUAUCAUGAUCACAACAAGGAGUGGCACCAGGGUGAUUCAUACAGAAAAAGUGAUUCUUCAGGGAAAAGACCAUACUCUGCCUUCAGCAAUGGCAAAGAUCACAGGGAACGAGAUCAUUACAGCAGGUACUACAGUGAAAACAAGCACAGAAAGAUGGAUGACCACCACAGAGAUCACAGAUCUAAUUUGGAGGGAAGCUUUAAGGAGAGUAGGUCUCACAUGGACCAUCAUGCCCAUUCAGAUCAUUGGUCACAUUCAGACUAUCGUUUUAAUUCAGAAUAUAGUCAACACAAAUCAUCCAAGGAUUACAGGUACCACUCUGAGAGGCAAAUGGACCACAGGGGCUCUGGGAGUGAUCAAAGGUCUCCUUAUGGCUCAAGAUCUCCUUUAGGACAUAGAUCUCCAUUUGAAUACUCUUCAGAUCACAAAAGCACUCCAGAACACACCUGGAGUAGUCGUAAGACAUAACACAGGAUCAUCCACAUAUCUGGAACCUCUUUAGCCAUAUACCGUAAAUUAACACAGUGAUUGCCUUACCUGACUUGAAAGCUCUGAACAGGAGUUGGCUUUCAGUAGCAGUAUUUGUUACUUCUUUCCAAGGUGAAAGUGUAAUAUCCCAUCAGAAGAUGAAUAUUUUUAUAUUUAAGAUUUAUGCUGCACUGCUCUGCAAACGUUCUAAACGUUGUAGAUUUUUUAAAGAUGUUUACUACUACGGACCUCAACACUGCCCUGUUCAGGCUGGAUCAUGAAACUCAGAUUCUUCUGGAAUUUAUCCAUUUGACUCCUCCCAGCAUAUAUUUUUUUAAAAAAGCAGUUUUUUGCAUUCAACCUGUGAAUCAUGAGUCAGAAAGGAAUAAGUAAUAUAUCUCUUAAAAACCUGCAAGGACUGGAUUUAUUUUCCAAAGCUACUUGUUUACAUUGUGUACACUGCAAACACCUUUCUUCUUCUCAUCAAGCUUGAAUAUUUAAAUACUGUUCCAAGUGUAAAAUAGUCAGGAUUUUUUGUGAUCAAUUAUAAUGAAUUUUUACAAGUUUUGCUGCUGUAAAUUAUUGUAAAUAAGUGAAUUUAAUGAAUUUUUGCCCCUUUCUCAGGCUUUUAUAAAUUUUCCUUUCCCCACCAACUCAGGCCUUAUUGUCAGUAAAAUUGAAUUUAGUCCAUGUGUUAUAGUUUUUGAUGCAUUGUCUUGAUGGAAUCAUUGUUCAGAAUGUACAAUUGGGGAAGGGAACACGUAUGCCAUUGUCUUUUGUGCACCUCAUUUUUUUAUUAAUACUAGUUUUGUGUUCCAUUUUUAAAAUAUGUUGUAAAUUGUGGUUAUGAGGGGAAAAGAAGUAUCCCUUACAAAUUUGUAUAGUGUUAUGCUCCUGAUGUGGCAAAACAUAUUGGAAUUUUAAUGCAUUGAUUUAAAGAGGCUUACAUAAUUGGGAGUUAAAAUCAGCUGAAUUUGUUGUAAAUCCAUUUGUUUUCCUUUUUUAUUGUGGGCAAUAAUGUCAAAUGUGCUAUGCAGCCAGCUGAAUUUUUUGAACUGAUGGGCAAACUGAUAAGAUACUGUUACAGUGCAGACAGAUGUACAUAGAUAUUUCUAUAUAUUACAGAUUAAAUAUGCCAAACAUG